GGACAGGUAAGGGGAUGGGCGGCAGGAAGGAACGUCAAGCUCCGACCCUAAAAAUCGACAAAAGCCCCAGAGCCGCAACUUUCCAUCAACUUCACCCGAUGGUGUCAGCCAAAACCAACCAUCAUCCGACAUGACGGAAAAGACAAGGGCGGCUAAGACCAUUGUCUUCCUCCACCCUGACCUGGGGAUCGGCGGCGCGGAGAGAUUGGUCGUUGACGCGGCGGUUGGAUUACAGAAUCGAGGGCACGAGGUGGUUGUUUUUACUAGUCAUUGCGAUCCGAAGCAUUGCUUUGACGAGGCGAGAGAUGGAACCCUCGACGUCCGCGUCCGCGGCAACACCAUCGUGCCGCCGUCCAUCCUCUCGCGCUUCAGCAUCCUGUGCUCCAUCCUGCGACAGCUGCACCUCAUCAUCCAGAUCUACGUCUCCUCGGAGCUGCGCGCCCUGUCGCCCGACGCCUUCUUCGUCGACCAGCUCAGCGCCGGCGUGCCGCUCCUGCAGCUCGUGCACCCGCGCGCCCGCGUCCUGUUCUACUGCCACUUCCCCGAUCUGCUGCUGGCGCGGGGCCGCCAGCGCUGGUGGAAGCGCGCGUACCGCCUGCCGUUCGACGCGUGCGAGCGCUGGAGCAUGAGCUUUGCCGACGCCGUUGCUGUCAACUCGGAGUUUACGCGCGGCGUCGUGUGCCGGACUUGGCCGGCGUUGGUGCAGGGGGGCAUGGAGCUGAAGGUUGUGUAUCCGUGCGUCGAUACCAAGGACAAGGAUAUGCGGGAACACGCGAAGCCCCUGUGGAACGGCAAGAAAUUCAUUCUUAGCAUCAACCGCUUCGAGCGCAAGAAGGAUAUCGCGCUUGCUAUUCGCGCUUUCGCUGGGUUAUCCCCGCAAGCCCGUGAAGAUGUGCGGUUGGUGGUAGCGGGAGGGUAUGACCCGCGCGUUGCGGAGAACGUGGGGUAUCAUAAGGAGCUUGUUGCGCUGUCUGAGUCUCUCGGGCUGCGCUGCAUGACGGCCAAGACGCACGUCACCGCCCUCGAGAUGCCCGACGACGUGGAAGUGCUGUUCCUGCACUCGGUGCCGAAUCUACUCAAAGCAACGUUAUUAUCCUCAGCCCGCCUGCUCGUGUACACCCCUGCGAACGAACACUUCGGCAUCGUGCCCCUCGAAGCCAUGCUCGCCGGUGUCCCAGUCCUAGCCGCCGACACGGGCGGGCCGACCGAGACGGUCGUCGAGGGCGUGACGGGGUGGCUCCGAUCGCCUGCCGACGUGGCGACGUGGACCGAGGUCAUGGAUAAGGUGCUCAACCACCUCUCUCCCGACGAACUCGCCGCCCUAUCAACGGCGGGCAUUUCCCGGGUAAAAGAGAAUUUCGGUGAAGCGCACAUGGCGAAACGGCUAGACGAGAUCGUGGCGCAGAUGCUGACCACGCCUCGGAGAUGGUCCUGGGGACCGACCGCAGCGGCGCUUGGGUUGGGGGCCGUGGGUGUUUUGGGGGUUGUGUUGGCGGUUGUGGGGAGGGCUGUUAUGGUAUCGUCUUAGCGGGCUAGACAUCCUAUAGGUCGGCUAGGUAGGUACACAGGUAGUCGGAAGAAUGGAGAGGGGGGGUGUUUAGAGUUAGACGAUUAGAUGUCAUGGCGUGACGAACGGGCUUGGAGGCCUAAGCUGCGAGUGAAUUUAAUGGAUACCCAGCCCUAUACAUAUCUAUUCGAAUAGCUUUAUGUCUGGUGUCUUUAGAGUUGACUUUUCAUGGCAUGUAAGGUUUACUGUGGUUAGUAUUUUAUGUUGUGGAGAGGAGAUUUGCCAUAGUCAGAUUUAGAAUCUCUAUAACCCAUAUUUCGUUUCUCGGUCGGUAUCCUGGACUGUCUGAGCGAGUCAGCAUGUGUCGCGUGCCCAACAUCCUAUAUAUAACCUUAGUUUCUAAAGUACUCCUUUAAGAGUAGUUAUAACUAGUCUAGUUCGAGAUUUAUAGCUAGUUAUACGUUAGAAUGACUCACUAUUACUUUGUCGAG